CACCCCCUGAGUGGCGUGUUGGACCGGUUGGUGGUGCAGCUGUUCAACUGUGAGGAGGUGACACACAGGCUGGUUCAGGAGCGCGGGGUGCUGCCGGCGCACCUGCGGGUGAUGGGCGCCCUCACAGCGGCUUUCAGGGAGCGGCUGGGAGGCGGAGCGAGAGGGGGGCAGGCAGGCGAUGAGGAGGAACAAGAAGAGGAGGGCGAGGAGGAGGGGGCGGUGGGAGAGGCGCGGGCGGGGCAGGUGGAGGGCGCCCUGGAUGCGCUGCGUCGCCUGGCCUCGGACUUGAGCACCCUGGUGCACCACGGCGGGGCGGCGGAGCACCUGCUGACCCAUGGGUCGCUGUGGCGGAGGGGCUUUCUGGAGGGCUGCGUGGCGCCGCUGCAGUAUCUGCUGCCGCACCGCCGGCGGGUGCGCGGGGAGCUGCGGGAGGUGCUGGCGGCCCGGGUGCCCCGGGGCUGGGGCGCGGAGGUGCCGCUGAUGGCCUGCGUGUGGGAGCUGCUGGGAUCGCUGGCAGGCGGGGCGGAGGCGGCAGCAGCGGGGAACACGGCGGCAGCAG